AUGUCGAAAUUUUUAACUCUGCGUCGUCCGACGACGAUAUCUAAAUUAGCUCCACUAGUUCCACAACAUCCGGACGCGCUUCCUCGCGAAAUCGUACCACAAUGGGCUGAAUUGCUACCAUCGUCGAAACUUCCCAACCGUUGCUGUCCAGUGCAUGCGAAACAGUUUUCAAAAGGACCUUUGGCACAUUCUUGCUGGGCGUAUCCGGCCUGCCAUGGAUUCGAUCUACAGGAUCCUUGCAUACGAAUUGCCCAAAAGGACUAUCACCUGUUACAUGAUAAGCAUCUGCAUCAGUUUUGGAGUGGAUCACUUAAGAAGAAUUUGAAAUUUCGUGGCCUAAUCGAUGGAGACGGAAGAGUGCUGUGCACACUACAGGAGCACAAUGAGUUUCGAAACUUCCACUUCCUGCAUUAUCGUUUGCAGUUGCAAAACCUUCUCCAUCAAAUGAACAGUGAAAAAGCAAAUAUAUCUCACUGCAUGAAAAUACAAACUCUUAUGAAAAAUGCUGCAGACUUUUGUGAAAAAUUAGCCAUCAGGCGCAGUCGGGCUGGUACAAUUUAUAGCAACAAAAUGAAUCGAUGGAAAAUAUCAAUAGAAAACUACGAACAGAAAACUUUGAACAUAAAGAAGAACGUAGAGAUGAAAAAGCAACAGAAAAUAGCCGAAGGGCAUCAGCACGAUUUGAAAAACAAGCAACGCUAUGAUGAACUGUUAGCUCUUCGUAAGAGAAAAAAAUUAAUACUUAAGAGAAAACUGCGAGAACGGAACGAUGUACUGCGACAGCGGUUGAUUAACCACAAGAACAGAAGUCAAGAGGUAAAAACUAGAAUGCAAAUUGAACGUUUUCGAAUGCACUACCUCGCGUACCUAAAGGAACGGAAUGAAAAUCGACAGUACUUGGAAUCGUUUCUCACGCAAAUGCAACAUAAGGUCCGGGACAGAAAGGACAUGUACGAGCGAAAGCACAAACAACUGGAAGAAGAACUGGUGCGAAGGAAAACGAGAAAUCUGGCAAGGAAAUAUAACCGUCGAAGCAAAGCCAUGCUGGUAAAAGCCCUCCUAAAGGAGUGUAAGAAAAAGCUCUUGACUAAGUCAUCGGCCAGGACCGCUUCAAUGGAACAUGAAAGGAUGGAGCGUGCGAUCGAUGCGGCCUAUGCCAUUCAUACUACGAUCAGUCCUACGACCAGCAGUGCGCAGAUAAUCGACACAGCCAGCCAGUUCAUAAUGGAUCUACAUGAUGCACCUAUAGAACCCUUGCCGCAGGAUUCGCUCAUCAGGGGCUAUGUGGUCGAUCGGCUCCGUGAUAUGACGCAUCAGAUUGUGCAAAAAGCUGUCCAACAAGCUUGCGUGCUCAUCGAGCAGGUGGCUGUCAGAAAGUUCGAAUCGCUUAACAUGGAAGAGCGACCGGUAAGAUCGUCACUCUCCAACCAAGGAAGCAUUUCUAGGCAGGCUUCCUUUCAAGCCCGGUCCGAGCGCAAUCAAUCGAGGGUGUCCAUGGGACCGGCUUCCAUCGUAGAGCAGUACGAAACCGAAAACCUCUCAUUGAAAAAAUGCAAAAACCGACCUCCUACACCGGUUACCUCGGUAACGUCGCUUGUGGAACACACUCUGCACCAAUCGAAAGAGGAACGAAUUAGCAUCAGUGCGCUAGAAGUAAGUACCGAAACGACCUUGGACAUUUUGCGGCGUAUCCAAUCCGAGUCCUACCCACUCAUACAUGUAAUGCACAGUCAGCGGCGCUAUUUGGAAACUCAUCUGUUGAAAUAUCGCAUGAUCUUACAACCGUACGUAGAUCAGCGCGUAUUGGCCGGCAUCGAUCUCGACCGGUCAGCUAUCAAGCGCACCGUCGAAGUUGCUGAUAGCGAGCCAACCGACAAGGAGGCAAUCCUACAACUAACAGCAAACGCUCUGUUGCAGUUUCCGGACAGCAAUCAUCAAUACGCUAUCGCUCUCUUUGAUUCGGUGAAUUUCCUAUCGCAGCAAGCGAUUAGAAAAAUUGAGCAAAUACUGAACGCACCAUAA